AUAUCAACGCACACAAGAUUCUGGUCAGUCCAGAUCAGAAUCACAACCACUAUAAAUACGUGUGCUUCGCUCUCGCAGCAACCUUCACCUCGAUGAAAAAACACAUACUUUUCUGAACCACACAACCACCAUUUCUACACUCAAAAAUCAAUCAACAUGGGUCGCAAUACUCGUCAACCAAAGUCCGACUUCCCCUUCCUCGCUGGCUUAGGCCUCAAGACAACCUCAAUCCGAGGCGAUGGCAACUGCUUGUUCCGCGCCCUUUCUGAGCAAAUCUAUGGCGACCAAACUCGCAACAGCGAGAUCCGGGCCAAGGUUGUUCAAUACAUGAAAGCCAAUCCCGGCGAUUUCAAGCCCUUCAUCUCUGUCGAGACAGGAGGUGGCUUCCGUCGCAACCCGAAGAGAAAGAACGCCGCAGCCGGCGACCUCACUGGCCCAUCCGAGUCAGAGAGAGAUCAAGCAUGGGAAGACUAUCUCGUACGUAUGGCUCGCAACGGCGAAUACGGCGACAACCUCGAAAUCCGGGCAUUCACUGAGGCAUACACGGUCGACGUCCGUGUCUAUUGCAUGCCAGCCUCCUCAUACAUCAUCAGAUGUGGUCAAGAGCUCGCUACGGGAGAGUAUCGUCAGAUUGCGCACAUUGCGCUCUAUUCCGAACACUACUCGUCAAUUCGGAAUAUCAACGGUCCCGACACUGGCCUUCCAAACGCCAAGCCCUCGGACCUCGAAGCUCUGGUAGCCAAUCAGGCUACCACCACAAAGGCCAGCAAGACAAUGGCCAUUGAGCAAUGGAUGGUCAACUCAGUGUCCAGCUCACUUCCAAACUUCGUCGACGAGGACACAAUCACCAAAAUCCUCCAAGCCAACAAGGGGGACGUCGACAUCACAGUGUCCCAACUCCUCGGGGACACUGAUUCACCAUCCAGCACCAUCCCCUCAACACCAAACUCCUCAAUCUCGUCAAACUCCGGCAACUACAGCAUUGUCCGAGACGAGGAUAGCGAGGACGAAGAACCCCGCGGCCCCAACAAACGCCAAGCCCGAAAGGAGAAGGAGCGCUUGGAGCGGGAACGAAUCUCCAAUCUCGAGGCAGAGAUUGAAGCAAAGCUGGCAGCCAUGCCACACCUGCACGUCUCCACUGUAUAUACCUAGACGGCGCAGUUGUACUUUAAAUUUUUCAUUUUGUUGGUAUUGCUGCAUAGCGAAGGAUAAGGGCAUAAGCAUGGGACGGGGCGUUUGACAACAGCAUUUGACAUCCUACCUCGAAGCGCUCGGGGUAAUGUCCGGAGGCGUUUGGGAUUUCAGAGAUACCCGACUAGAUGGACAUCUGGUCAUAGAAGGAAGAAUGUCGUUCUCAGGACAGGCGGGAGUAUACCUUUCUCCUUGUGGUCGUUCAUUGCCAUGAGGUUUUAAUGGUACUCCGGGACUUUAAGGAAUUGAAUCAUUUGGAC